AUGGAUCUUGAAAAGUUUUACAACCAUAUCGAUCAAAACCAGGAUCUCUAUGUUCAGAGGCUUAGAGAAGCUGUAGCUAUUCCAAGCGUAAGCGGUGAUGCUUCGUAUCGCAAUGAUGUAUUCCGCAUGGGAGAUUGGUUAAUUGGAAUAUUUGAGGAGCUUGGGAUUAACUAUAAAGCCGAAGAUAUAGGCACCCAUGAAUUGGAUGGUCAGACUCUUAAAUUACCUAAGAUCCUUUUAGGCAGCUACGGUAACGAUCCAAACAAAAAAACUAUUUUGGUAUAUGGGCAUUAUGAUGUGCAACCUGCUCUCAAAGAAGAUGGAUGGGGCACCGAUCCUUGGGAAUUAGUUGAAGACUCACAAGGUCGUCUUCUUGGUCGUGGCUCUUCUGAUGAUAAGGGUCCAAUUAUUGGCUGGUUGAAUACGAUUGAAGCGUAUCAGAAAUUGGAAUUAGAAUUUCCGGUUAAUCUCAAAAUAUGCUUUGAAGGUAUGGAGGAGAGUGGAUCUGAAGGCAUAGAUGAUUUGAUUGUACGUGAGGCUAAAGGCUAUUUCAAAGAUGUGGAUUGCGUUACUAUCUCUGAUAAUUAUUGGUUAGGCACUACAAAACCAUGUUUGACUUAUGGCUUACGCGGUAUUUCAUAUUUCAAACUUACGAUUUCUGGUCCUGGACGAGAUCUUCACUCAGGCGUGUUUGGUGGAACUGUUCAUGAACCAAUGACUGAUUUAGCCCAUUUAUUUAGUAAGCUGGUAAAAGCGGAUGGUCAUAUUCUAAUUCCUGGAAUUUAUGAUGAUGUAGCCAAGUUAGAUGAAACGGAAAGUAACACAUACAAAACCAUUCAAUUUAAACAACAAGAACUGCAUGAUGCUAUUGACUCCGAUAAUUCGAUUCAUGACAAUGAGAUUGAUACAUUGAUGCACCGCUGGAGAUAUCCCACUCUUUCUUUACAUGGAAUUGAAGGCGCAUUUUCCGCGCCAGGUGCAAAAACUGUAAUUCCCGCAAAAGUUAUCGGAAAAUUUUCAAUCCGGACAGUGCCAAAUAUGGAUCCUGAUAAGGUUACGCAAUUGGUGACUGAAUUUUUGGAUAAAGAGUUUGCCAAACUGGGCAGUAAAAAUAAGAUGAAGCUAGAGUGUAUCCAUGAUGGUAAACCGUGGGUGGCCAAUACUGACCAUUGGAAUUAUGUCGCGGCUGCUAAAGCGGUUGAAAAGGUGUAUCAUGUUAAACCCGAUUUGACACGAGAAGGUGGAUCCAUACCAGUGACAUUAACCUUUCAAGAAGCGUUAGGAGAUAAAAAUGUUUUACUUUUGCCGAUGGGACGUGGGGAUGAUGGUGCUCAUUCUAUUAAUGAAAAACUCGACCGUUCAAAUUAUAUCAAUGGGAUCAAGUUGUUUGGAACAUAUUUGCACGAAGUAGCACAUAUCAAAACAGAGUGA